AUAUAUAAGUGCGAUAGUAAGCUGUCGGUUCAUUUUAUGUGUGAUAGUAUAUCUCUUGUUCCAGGUAAGAAGAAGACAACAUGACACAGGAAACAGGUAAACCUUGUGGCGAGUUCCUGGAGGCUCGAGACAAGAGUGGCAAUACUAUAACCGUGUUUCAGUAUGGCGAAGAUACCAUACCUGCGAUGAAAGGUCUUCUCGACAUCAUGAACCCACAGCAGCAUAUGCCACAAUUGAGAGAGAUGGAAGCGAGAGACGACGAUAUCGUUGUGUGUGCUCCAGUGAAGGCUGGAACACAUUGGGUGUGGGAAAUCCUCACCAUGUUGACGCGGGGAACGACAGAGUACGCUACAGGACCUAAGGAAGAUACAAUGCUUGAAUUCCGCUCAGUAGACAAAUUGAACGCGCUAACCUCACCAAGGGUACUGAACACACACCUACGCCUCAGCAAUUUGCCAAAGCAGCUCAUUGAAAAGAAAUGCAAGUUGAUAUUUGUAGUGCGAAACCCUAAAGAUACGGUUGUUUCAAUGUACAAUCACAUGUCAGCAAAGGGCUCGGCGUUUGCUUACAAAGGGAGCUUCGAUGAGUUUAUAUCUAUGUUUAUGAGUGAAGUAGUUCCACAUAACCAAUGGACACGGUACAUGACAGGAUGGGAACAUGAUUUGGCAUUUAAUUCUGAUAUACCACGACACAUCAUAUACUACGAGGAUCUGAAACAGAACCCUUUUCACGAGAUAAAGAAGUUAGCGUCGUACCUUAAUGUGACUUGUACGGAUGCUUUCGUCGAUGACAUGGUUGAGAAGUGUUCAUUUGUUAACCUAAAGGAGGGGAAGACCAACAGGCCUGAUAAUAAGAGAUGGCAGUUUAUGUACAGAAAAGGAGAAGUUGGUGAUUGGAAAACAUGGUUCACUGUUGCACAGAAUGAAGUAUUUGACGAAUACUUAACAAAGGAAAUGGAACAUUCCAAAUUUAACUUCAAAUAUACAAUAUAACGUGCAUCAUGGUCAUUCACUGGCAUUUAUCAUAUUGUCAUCAAAAGAAUGGCGGACGACUCAUACAUAUAAUAAUGACAAAGGGAUUAGUCAGCAAGUUUUACCAACUUAUAAACGACUUCUCCCAUAAUAAUAACAAAAUAAUAAACUAUAACAUUGUCAUAUGAUGGCAUAUACAAAUAUUCAGAAAUUUGAUAAAGAAACGAAAAUAUUAUAAGAGAGAGAGAGAGAGGGGGGGGGGAGCAGGAGGGAGGAGGAUAUAGGUACAUAAAAAGUUAAAUGACUGCAUCGGGAAGGAUCAGGAACACGACAUAUAAAUAUUUGGAAUGAAUUCAAAUAUACAUAAUCGAUUAGAAAAAAAACGUUUUUAUAUUAUAUGGAUAAAUGGAGCAUUUUGGAUUUUUAGGAAAAUGGUAUGAAAAGAAGUG